AUGGCGUCUAUCGAGACUGAAGCACAGACAGAGAGCAGAAAGCUCGUUCUCUGCUUCGAUGGCACAGGCAACUCGUUCAGUGGCUCCGGCUCUGACACCAAUGUCGUGAAGCUCCUGCGUAUGCUCGAUCGCAAUGAGAAACACCAGUACCACUACUACCAGACCGGUAUCGGAACAUACGACGUUGACGACACAAGUGUCAACAAGAACUGGGUCAGCGAGGUCCGCAGCAAUAUCUCUCAGAAGAUCGACAUGGGCUUUGGGACCACGUUCGAUUCCCACGUCAUUGCUGGAUAUCGGUUCCUCAUGCGCUACUAUGAGACUGGUGACAGAAUCUACAUCUUUGGCUUCAGUCGUGGGGCCUUCACCGCCAGAUUCCUGUGUCGCAUGGUCAACACCGUUGGUCUUCUCUGCAAGGGUAACGAAGAGAUGGUACCCUUUGCAUACAAACUCUACCAAGACCAUCUAGCAAAAGUCAAGAAGAGCGGCAAAGAAGAAAAGGCCACCGUGAUCAAUCCGACUGAUGCCCGAGAGACCAGCGGCCAAACAACCAAGAACACGAAAGCCCCCACCGUCAGUACCUACGAAACGCCUGCGAGUCCACCAGAUACGCCCGUUGAUGAGGCCUUCCCCAUCGGAAUCAGCAGCUCCAAUGACGCAAUCAAGAAGCCCAAGGGCUGGAGAAGAAGAGGCAAGAGAAACGAGAUGGAGGCCUUCAGCAAGACCUUUUGUCGCAAGGAAGAGGGCGACUGCGGGAAAGAAAACAUCAAGGUCUUCUUUCUCGGCAUGUGGGACUGCGUCAACUCCGUUGCAGUCCUCGAGAAGGUUGGCGACAAGCCAGCCUCUGUCAAGGGUACCGCAACCUAUGUGCGCCAUGCUGUUGCUGUGGACGAGUUCCGAGUCAAGUUCAAGCCUGCUCUUCUCGCGCAAGAUAUUACCAAACUUUCCAACAAGGGAAGGCACCGCCAUGCUGAAGAUGACAUCAAAGAAGUGUGGUUCCCUGGAAACCAUGGCGAUGUUGGUGGGGGUUGGUCGGCAAUCAAGGAUGAUCCGACAUGGAAAGACAGAGAGCUCCAGAGGAUCAGGGAGGAAAAGUUGAAAAACGGUGACUUCAGAACGGAUGAUAUUCCUGACUACUUGAACCCCCCAACUCUUUGGAAUAGGUUUUUGAGAAUGCUUGGGAGGGGACGAAAGGAAGAAGAGCUCGAUGAUAGCGAGGAUAUGCAGCUGAGCGAUAUUCCUCUUUCUUGGAUGAUCCGCGAGCUUGAGCUCGCGGACGAGGAGUACAAAAAGAAGAGUGAGGAGAACGGUAAGAAGAAUGAGACGGGGCUGAAGUGGCGGCCAAGACGCUUGGACAGAUUCAAGCAAAGCAUCUACCAGGAUCAGGUGAAGCAGGAGCAGGCCCUGAAGGGAUGGAUCCAUGACCUUCUUCGGCCUGGAAAGGGAAUGGGCUACUUCAAGCCAUUUAUGUGGUACCUGCUUGAGAUUUGCCCUCUUAUUAAGAGAUGGGAACUCGAUGACAAGACCAAACAGUGGAAGCUUUGCCAGUGGCCCCUCAACAAAGGCGGUCCUCGAGAUAUACCCCGCAACGCCAUCUUACACGAGUCUCUACACCGACGUCUCCAUAAUGAUGAACACUACGAACCACAAAACAACCAUGGCAACUUGAAGGAGGCAUGUUUGAAGAAGAACCGUGAUCAUUACGAUCCUCAUCAAGAUCACGAAAGGGGUUGUGCAGAGAGUUGUUUCCACAACACUUGGAAGUUCAAAGCACAUGGAGAUCAUGCGGAUCAAGUCGUGUCUCAGACAACGAAUUGA